AUGGCCGCCAAAGAUGUGGUGAUUCCGAGAAAUUUUGUGUUAUUACAAGAACUAGAAGACGGCCAAAAGGGUUCGGCCGACGGGUGCAUCACUUGGGGUCCGGAAAACGACAGCGACAUGAGUCUAUCGCACUGGAGGGCAGUGAUCGUGGGUCCGGCGCACACGCCGUACGCCAAUCACAUGUAUAACGUUGGCGUGAAUUGCGGUCACAACUAUCCGGACGAACGGCCGACUGUGCGCUUCCUCUCCGCAAUUCGUUUGAAUGGUGUGAAUGAGACGACGGGUGCCGUCGACCCAAACAAAUACCCGGCACUCAGUCGAUGGCAACGCCAUUACACCAUCAAAACAGUGCUCAUGGAGUUGAGGGCCGCGAUGGCAGCCGUGAGGGGUAAUGCACGCCACGGACAACAGUCCCGGUUGGCCACUGCCUUCCACUAG